CUCGCCGCGUCAGGAGCCGCCGUGAAGGCAGAGGGUGGCACAGGAUUCAUACCCCGGCCACCGCGCCCAGGGCAGUGCCAAGAGCCUGGAUUUUCUGCCCCGCCAGGGCUGCGCCAAAGGGAUUGAGCGCCCUUGGCAGUAAAGGAAAGGUCGUGUUUGCUGAAAUAGGAUUUGGAUGGAGUCUCAGUAUCUGAAGCAAUGCCUGGGAGAUUGCUUGAAAAAGGGACUGGCAGAGGUUGUAGAGCAUCGGCCAGCAGAUCCAAUAGAGUAUCUUGCACAUUGGAUUUACCGUUACAGAAGAAACUUAGAUGAAGGAGAAAAGAGAAUGUUGGAGAGGGCUGAGCUGGAACGAGAACGGGAGGCAGCACUAGCAGAGCUUGAAAUAUUAAGAAAAAGGGAGGAAGAAGAGCGGAUGAUCCAGCAGAAACUCGAAGAACAACGUCAGGCUGAGCUGGAGCAGGAACGUCAGAAGGCUGAGUUGGAACAAGAGCAUCAGAAGGCUGAGCUGGAGCAAGAACACGAGAAGCUGGAACUGCAGAGUGAAGAAGACAACGUGCAGUUGCAGCAGGAAGAUCAAAAGGAAGAUGAAAAGACAGUAUCUGAACUUACAGAUAGACCUGGAACACCUGAUUUGACCAAAGCUGAGGAGGAGCUAGAUCAGAGUGGACAGCCCGAGAGUAAAACAGAUCUCACAGCAGAAGCAGAAGAAAGUUCCGAACAGACCUGAAAGCAUUGUAGCUAGCAUGGCUGACUUGGAGGAAGACAACUGCAACUGAAAUGAGAGAAGCAAAUAGAUUUUCUGCUUAUUCCACAUGAUACUUGAAUUGUAACCAUAAUAAAUACAGAUAAAAUUAAUGUGUUGGUAUUAUUUGAGGGUAGAUGCUACAGUAUGAUAAUUUGAAUCUAUAUUAAAAGAGAUAUUUUUGAGAAAAGAUUUUUCAAGAAUUUGUAUGGUUUCUGAUAGAAAAAGGGAAUGCUCCACAGGUUAGAAGAUGAGGAGAGAGUUCUGCACAUCAAACUAGGUGCAAAAAUCCAAUCAGAAUAUUUUUCCAAUGUAUUUGGAAGAGAUGAAUUUAACUCUGACUCAAUUGACAGAUGUACUAGAAGACCUUGUCUCUUAGAAAUCAUUAGGUUAUUUUUGUAGCUCUGGGUGUUUGAUCUAGACUUUAAAAUAACCUUUUCUGAGUAUUGUGUGAUACUAAGUGAGCUGCAAGUCCGCAUAUCAGUUUUGAUUAGUCAAGUUUUUAAGUCUUUUCUGCAUUUGUCUUGAAUUUGUAAAUCAACAGGUUAAAUCUACAUUGUCUUUACU